AUGUUCUGCGUGUCUCUAUUCCUUGUCACUGUCGUAACCUUAGUGGUUCAACAUGCCCAGGCUUUUUCUUCCCAGCACAGACUUUUGGGUCCAUUCUGCCCACCAGGAACACGGCUAUUCGUGUCUCCCGAUGAUGUGUUUUCUCAGGGCGGCAGUGACACGGGGCCUUUCAAUCAGAACAAGGCGGUAAAUCCAGAUACUAGUAGUCCUCCCAUCAAGGAGGAAGAAGCAAUAGAGGACUCUGUCCCAUCAGAGCAAGAUCUCCCAACCGAUGUCAAAAAGAAUCUUCCAACCGCCAAGGCAUCAACUUCGUCUCCUUCAUCGGAUGCUGCAGAUAUGGGAAUGGUACCUCAGGAACCAGAUCUAGAAGCCAAUGCAGACGCUGUUGCCAGGCGUCAGCAGAAUUCUUACGACCUUGGCCUGGGAAAGAAUCAGCCGUUCGGGCUUGACGGCGAAGAAGAUGGAACAGAAGGAGCCCCUGCAAAUGCUACCGAACAUUGGAUGGUUCCAGAACUCGUAAAUGAAGUAACUCCUGCAGAUGCUGAUGGGACCGUCAGUGCAGCCGAUGCCGUUUCGGUGAAUGAAGGAGGUCGAACGGGUGAAUUUGUAAGCACUCGAAAAAUGGUAGCACGAGACCAAGCCUCGGAGCAACUUCGAGGUGCCAUUUGGGACGAAGGACACUAUAGAGACAGAGACAAUGGCCAAAAAAGCAAUAAUCCUCCUGCCUCUUCAGAAGAAUCCGCUACAGCUGAAGCAGCCUCUCCCAACGGUAUUAAAAGACCAAACCUUUUCUACCCCGAUAUCGAUAUGUCCAUUCCAUUGUCUGUGUACAAUGAAACCUACGAUGCUGUUUGGGAACUACUCCAAUGGGAAGCUUAUCAAGAAGCACAACGGGAACCACUGUUGGUAUCAUUCCUUUACUCAACCAUUCUCAAUCACAAAUCUCUGGAAAGCUCUCUGGCUUUCUUGCUGGCCAAUCGCUUGAGUAGUCCCAUGCUGAUAUCCACUCAACUGCAAUCCUUCAUAUUGGAAGCCCUACAAAGAUCUCCCGAGUUUCGACGAGCUGUCAGAGCGGACAUGCUGGCUGUGCGAGACCGUGAUCCGGCAUGUACUUGCCUUCCAGAUGUAUUUUUGUAUUUCAAAGGCUUUCAAUCUCUUCAGUCGCAUCGGGUCGCCAAUUGGAUGUGGAAGAAUGGAAAGCAGGUUUUGUCGCACUUCCUACAGUCCCAGGUGUCCCAAAUCUGGCAAAUUGAUAUCCAUCCAAACGCAACGGUGGGAGAAGGAAUUAUGCUAGAUCACGGAACUGGUAUCGUUGUGGGAGAAACAGCCAUGAUUGGCAACAAUUGCAGUAUUCUCCAUCAUGUGACGCUGGGUGGAAGUGGAAAGAAAGGAGUAGAUCGUCACCCGAAAAUUCAAGAUGGUGUUUUGUUGGGAGCGGGUGCCACCGUGCUUGGCAAUGUCGUAAUAGGGACCGGUUGUCAGGUUGGUGCCGGAACUCUAGUAAUCACAGAUCUUCCAGCACAUUCCGUUGCUGUAGGAGUACCGGCAAAAAUUAUUGGGAGCUUCGUAGACGUUACCGAGCAACCGUCAAACGAAAUGAACCAGAUGAUAGGCGACAACAUGAAAAUUGCGACAUUUGAAAGCUUUGGCAUCUAA